AUGCCUCCAAAGAACCCACAAUCAACAGAGAAGAAGGCCAAGAAGGUUAUCAAAUCCUCCGCCAAGAGAAUCCAAAAGGGUGAUUUCAAAAACUUGAUCACCCCUAGACCAAAGGACAUUGGUAUUGGAAGAGAUUUGCCAGCCAAGAUGGACUUGACCAGAUUCGUAAAGUGGCCAGUCUAUGUCCGUCUUCAACGUCAAAAGAGAGUUUUGAUGAAGAGACUCAAGAUUCCACCUGCAAUCAAUCAAUUCAGAAUGGUUGCUGAUAAACCUUUGGCUCACACUGUUGUUCAAUUCCUUGCCAAGUACAAGCCAGAAGAUCCAACACAAAAGAAGGAAAGAUUGAGACAAGCAGCUAAGGACAAGGUUGAAGGAAAGGCAGCUACUCCAAAGAAGUCCGAACCAACUCUCGUUUCUGGUAUUAACGAAGUUGUCAAGGCCGUCGAAAGAAAGCAAGCUUCAUUGGUUGUUAUUGCUCACGAUGUUGAACCAAUCGAACUCGUUUUGUUCCUUCCUGCUUUGUGUAAGAAGCUCGAUAUUCCAUACGUUAUUGUCAAGUCAAAGUCCAGAUUGGGCCAAUUGGUGCACAUGAAGAAUGCUGCUGCUGUUGCUUUGACUGAAGUCAAGAAGGAAGACAGAGACCAAUUCUCCAAGAUUGUCGAAGCUGUCAGAGGUGCCUUCGUUGAAAGAUUCAGAACAAUCAACACCAAGUGGGGUGGCGGUAAAUUGAGCAAGAGAUCCCUCAAUGAACAAAAGAACAGAAUUAAGAAGCUCUAA